AUGAUACAGGCCACCGUUCUAACAGGAAAUAACACCGAAAUACUCUAUCUCAACGACAAUCAAUUCGGUCCCUUUGAGGCGAGUAAUUAUUACGAGUGGUUCGGUUCGAAUCAGAUCGUUAAAGUGGAUACCGAUUAUUGUCUACAAGUGCAACCAGGAGUGCAUCAGGGAUGUGCAGGGCAAGCAUGGACUUGCGAUGGAUGGAACUAUAUUGGCACAGAGAACUACCGAGGGUAUGACACUUGUACUGAUUCUAGCGACAGAUGGGUGACUAUCGAAUCCGCACAAACAGUCGGAUAUCCAGACGAACCCGUUGUGCUACUGAAAGAACAUAACUCCGGAAUGUGCGCAUACCUUGAUUCUUACCACGACAACGAUGAGGAUGUUUUAUAUCUCGGGCUGCGUGAUUGCGAUGCAACGAACAGGGCUCAACUAGUACUCACAGUACACAACUAA